CAUAGUUCCCCCCUCCACACUACCAUCCCCUAAUCCCUCCGCUGUUCCGCUCGAACCUCUCCGAUACCGGCUCAGAAACCGCUUCCCAUCCCAUACGGCACGGCUGGGAAUGCGGUCCACCUUCAGUAGAUCCCGUACCUGGUGGAUCUCCGGCCUGGUCGUCCGAAGGAAGGGAUUGGUGGAAGGCACCGACGCCUUUGGAGCGACGUGUUGCUCGGCCAAGGGAGGAGGCGGAGCGUAACUCCUGACACCCAGAGGCAGCGUGGACUCACGGUCGUGGGCGUGGUCUUGGUAAGGGCUGUGGGCGUGCCGAUGACGGAAUUUCCGGUUGAAGAUGGCGCAGUGCACGCCGUUGUUGGCAGUUCGAGGUUCAGAAGGAAUCUAUAUGCUCAAUGGCCCUCCUACGUACACAGAAAAUACCUCUUUCACAAGAGAAGACAGGAAUAAUUGCAAAGGCUUCACUUUCAGCAAAGAUGGUUCCCUGUUUGCUUGGUGCAAUGGCGAAAAAGUAAAUAUUGUGAGUACCCGAGACAGUCGGUUAUUACACUCUCUUGACCUACCUAGAGUGACUUUGCUGGCAUUUUCUCCUCAAAGCAAUAUCUUGACAACAUGGCAACCUUACAUGACAACCAAAAAUAAUCCACAAGGGGAACCAAACCUGCAGAUUUGGGAUCUUCAAACUGGACAAUGUCUCAAGUCAUUCUUCCAAAAGAAAAUGCAAGGCUGGUGUCCCUGUUGGUCAGACAAUGAAAGUAUUUGUGCUCGAAAUGUAAACAAUGAAGUGCAGUUUUUUGAGAACAAUGAUUUUGGUAAAAUAGCGAACAAACUCCAUUUGCAGAACGUAGCAGAUUUUGCUUUGUCACCAGGAGCUCAGCCCUGCAAGGUUGCAGUUUACGUGCCUGGAUCUAAGGGUGCACCAUCAUUUGUUCGAUUAUACCAGUACCCCAACUUCGAAGGUCCUGCCUCUGCCUUGGCAAAUAAAAGUUUUUUUAAGGCUGACAAAGUGACAAUGCUUUGGAAUAAAAAAGGAACUGCUGUAUUGGUGAUAGCCAGCACGGAUGUGGACAAGUCUGGAGCAUCAUAUUAUGGUGAACAAACCCUGCACUAUAUAGCAUCUAAUGGAGAAAGUGCAUUAGUGCAACUGCCAAAAAAUGGCCCAAUUUAUGAUGUUAUCUGGAAUCCAAACUCACUUGAAUUUUGUGCUGUGUAUGGUUUCAUGCCUGCUAAAGCUACAGUCUUCAACCACAAGUGUGACCCUGUCUUUGAUUUUGGCACUGGCCCUCGGAAUGCGGCCUUCUACAGCCCUCAGGGACACAUCCUUGUGCUGGCGGGCUUUGGAAACCUCCGAGGACAAAUGGAAGUGUGGGACGUAAAAAAGUACAAGCAAAUUUCUAAGCCCCAAGCUGCAGAUACAACCUUCUUCUCAUGGUGCCCAGAUGGAGAGCACAUUGUAACAGCAACCUGCUCACCAAGACUACGGGUUAGCAAUGGCUACAAAAUCUGGCACUACAGUGGCGCCGUCCGUCAUAAAGUUGAAGUGCCAUCGAACUCUGAGCUCUGGGAAGUGCAAUGGCAGCCUUUUGUAGAUGGGUCUUUCCCAGAAAAGCCGAUCAAAUAUCAGACUGUUCCCAAUGAUGUCCCUAGUAUUGAUGUCAAACCUGCACAGGCUUACAGACCCCCAGCAUUGAGAAACAAGCCAGUAACGAGCUCAAAAUUGCAUGAAGAGGAGCCACCUCAGAACAUGAGACCACAAACUGCAGAUAAGCAACUUUCAAAAGCUGCUCUAAAAAAUCAAAAGAAACGAGAGGCUAGAAAGGCAGCAAAGCAGGAGAGCAAGUCAGAUGGCACACAUGAAACGCCAUCUGACCAAGAACCUAGAGCUGUACAAUGUUCUGAGGGCCACGGUGACCCAGAAGUUGAUAAGAAAAUUAAGAACAUCAAAAAGAAACUUAAAGCAAUUGAACAACUAAAAGAGCAAGAAGCAUCCGGCAAACAACUAGAAAAAAACCAGCUGGAGAAAAUACUGAAAGAAGAUGCUCUUCUGAAGGAGCUGGAAGACCUGGAACUGGGCCUGUAAAUAUACCCAAGAAGUUCAAGAUACCUGCUUUCACUUGUCAUUGGAAAAUUAUUUUCAUUGUGAAUUUGUGAUUAAAAUCCAAAUAUUGUACUAUGCAAUGUAAAAGAUUUAGACAGUGUUAAAAUAAAUGAGGAUAACAGAAUAUUUUAAAAAUUGUUUAUUGUGAGUAAAAUAUACUAUUUUGGUCAAAAAUUCGCAUUUCAGUUCAAGAUUUCAAUGCAAAUUUAGCACCUCUGAUCUAUUGAACAGCCAAUAAAAUAGCAUUCACUGUAUCCAUUGUUGAAGUGUAGAUGAACGAGGCAGCCAAUUUGUGCCCCACGAAGUCACUUUGUGUGUGUGUGUCUGUGUGUGUGGAGGGCGGGGGCCAGGACAGCAAUUAUAAUGUGCAAGGUAGAAUUUCAAAUUCAGUUUGAGGGAGUGAAGUCAGUGCUCAAACCAAUGUUUUCAACAUAAGUAAAGGUCUUUACAGAGGCAUUAGGAAAGACUUGUCUAAAGCCAGGCCUGACAAAAUAGACUAAGGGGAAGAUCAGUAAAUGAGCUGUGGCAGAUAUGUAAACAGAUAUUUCAUUGUGCUCAGCAAAAAUUUAUUCCAAUCAAAGAAAGGGACUGGAUGAGAGCGAUGAACUACUUGUAGUGAACAAAAAGUCAAGGAGAGUGUCCAAACAAAAACAAAAAGCAUAUAAAUUUGCAAAAACUGGUGCUGGGCCAGAAAAUGAGGGAUUUUUUUCAGGAACCAGCAGCAUAUGGCUCUAAGUUAACAAAAGGGACAAAACUGACUUGGCACAAAUAUAAAAACAAAAAACAAGAACUUCUACAGGUAUAUAAAAAGAAAGAGGAGCUAAAGUGAAAAUUGGACUCUUGGUAGAUAACACAGAAAUGGCAGAUAAGUUAAACCAAAAUUAUAUAUCGGUCUUCAUGGUGGAGGACAGUGUAAAAACUCAGAGACAGCAGAGAAGCAAGGUGCUAAUUGGAGGACUGGUCUUGUGUCAGUCUCUGUCAUGUGGGACAAAGUAUUUGACAAACUAAUGGGACUGAAGACAAACAAGUUGCCAGGACCUGAUAGCUUGCACCCGAUGGAACCGUUUCGUGGAGCAUCUGUGUAAUUGUACACAAUAAUUGACAACACCUUCCAGUUGCUAACCAUUUUAACUCCCACUCCCACUCCCACGAGGACAUGUCCAUCCUGGGCCACCUCCACUGCCACAAUGAUGCCACACGCAAACUGGAGGAGCAACACCUCAUAUUCUGCCGCAGGGGCCUACAGCCCAAUGGCUUGAACACCGAAUGCAUCAGUUCUAAAAUGUCCCCACCCCGGCCUCAUCCCAUGUCCAACUCUCCCUUUUAUUCCCGUCUCCUUGAUCUGACACAACCUGUCCAUCUUCUUACCCACCUAUCUGCCCCACCCUUCUCACUGACCCAUCCACCUAUCACCAUCCCAUCUUCCAUCCUCCCUCUCACCUGCUUGACCUGACACAACCCAUCCAUCAUUUUCCCCACCUAUCCGCUCCAUCCUUCCCACUGACCAAUCCCUAUUACCCCCCCACCUGCAUCCACCUAUCACCAUCCCACCUCCCCUCCCCCUCUCACCUCUUUGACCUGACACAACCCAUCCAUCACUUGCCCCACAUAUCUGCUCCACCCUUCCCACCGGCCAAUCUCCAUUACCUCGUACCUGCAUCCACCCCAACUACAUUUCCCCAGCCCCACCCAUCCUCUCUCCCUCCUCCUUGACCUGACAACCUAUCUCCCACCUAUCCGCUCCACCCUCCCCACUGACCAAUCCCCUACCUGUAUUCACCUAUCACCAUCCCACCUGCCUUACCCCAGCCCCACCCCACCUCCCUCUAUUUAUUUCCCAGCUCCCUUCCCCCUCCCUAGUUCUGAAGAAGGGUCCAGAUCCAAAACAUCAGCUUUCCUGCUCCUCUGAUGCUGCCUGGCCUGCUGUGUUCAUCCAGCUCCACGCCUUGUUAUUUCUACAUUCAUUAGCCUGUCGUGAAUACUCAUGAACACACCAUACCACCAGAAUUUUGUUGGUGGGCCCAAACUUGAAAGCCUGGAAAAGGAAACAACUGUGUUCGCAGCCCAUCUAUAGAUGAAACAUGCACCUGUUGGAGUAAAGUUUAUUUUUUGUCCAAGCUUGACUGAGUGUAAAUGUCUUCAGUUCUUGUCUCCUUCAUCACCACGUGUUGCACAAAUGUUUACAGUGUGAAAGGCGAAGCCCAUUUAGGCUGAUCAACUCAUGAGAAGUUUUGUUUGUAUGCAGUAUGGCUUGUUGUUGUUAAACAAUCACAUUGAUUGGUGUGAUGUCUGACCAAUCAAGGCAACCACUGGAAAACUGUAGCAAAUUUGACUGGUGCAGAAAAUUGAGGCUGGAUUCAAAAGUAAAUUUUAUUCGAAAGAGCAUCUUUUGUAGCUGUGUCCUUUUCCCAUGCAAAUGCACAUUGAAAAGCUAUUAGAUGUGUAUAUUCCCCUAGUUGUGAUGAGAAACCAGGUGGUAUGUUAUUGCUGAGGGUGGCCACUUGUUUUAUGUUUUACAUGUGACUGUGUGUGGUAUCGCUGUAGUGCUAGUAUUGCUACAUUGUUGAAAUGAAGUGGCAGACAUCGAUUGCACAUUGACACACAGCCUCCUAUAUUGACAGUCCUCUGCCACUUUACAAUGGUAGCUGUUACUCAGCAGUAUGGAGUUAGGACUAUGAUUGAUGUGAUGAGUAGAGUGGAAUGAAGGUCAAGUGAAUGUACUGCUGGAAAUUUGGUUCAACAAGGAAUGUGGUGUAAAGGCUUGAAUUCAGGUUUAUUGUAAUAAGUAAACUCUUCUAAACUAGAGGUGAGUGGGAGAAGAUAAAAGGCAUGGAAUGAGAGACAACCUACCUUGACACCACUGGCUGAGUGAUGUCAUGAACUGCAGCGUGAUCUGAUUGGAGGGCAAGAAGGUGAUUGGUGAAUGGGACUGGAGUGUAUUUCUAGUCUUAAAGUAUGGUCUUUAGUUUGUACUUGUCUACGGUACCUCCUGAUUUUUGAAAAAUAGCUGGCUAAGUGUAUGAUUGAUACCAAUGUAGUUUUUAAAAUAUAAAAAUGGAAUAUCAUAUACAAUAAGUUGUAAAGACCAGGGAAUCUAGAAUAAUUAAUUAAUUAAAUCAAUAUAAUGAUGGCAGGAUGGGUGGUGGGUUGAUGAUUCAACGUGUGGAAGGUGCUUGAGAGCAAUGUGAUCUACAGUGAACACAUCUGUAGUAAGUGGGUGCAACUCAAGGACAUAGAGUCCUCAAAUAGAUGUUGACUACAUCAGAGAAAGUUACCUUGACACUAUGCUUCAGAGGGUGGUCACAGAGAGUGGGUAAUUGACAAUUGUUCUGUAAUUGGGGGCAGGAGAGUGUGACUAUAGUUGAGGCAUGUAUGGAGGGUCAGGAUGUCGCGAACGAGGAGCUGUGACCCCUGAAAUUGCCCAAAGGUUAUGAGUUUCUUACAAGCAGCACAGACAAGAGUGGGAAGUGUAGAGAUGAUGCGCAGACUGAUCACAGCAUCUUGGUUCAGGGAGCCACUCAAGUGAAGGGAGGAAAUAGGAGUGUAGUUGUGUAUUGGGGACAGUAUCAUGAGACGUAUAGAUAUUGUUUGCAGUCAUGUGUCUGAGCCCUGAAGGCUGUGCUGCCUACUGAGUACCAGGGUUAAGGAAAUCUCUUUGGCACUGGAGAAGAACUUGUAGUGGGAGGGAAAGAAUUCAGUUGUCAUUGUCCACAUUGGUACCAACAAUACUGAUAGGACUGGAAAGGUUCUGAUGAAAGAUUUUAAUUAGUUAGGAGCUAAAUUACAAAGCAGAGCUUCCAUUCCACUCUGGUCUCCCUGUGAGAGGGUUCCGAAAAGAUUUAUAAGGAUGUGGCCAGGGUCAGAAGGCUUGAGCUAUAGGGAGAGGCUGAAUAGGCUGGGGCUAUUUUCCCUGGAGCGUCAGAGGCUGAGGAGUGACCUUAUAGGGUCAUGGAUUGAGUGAAUAAUCAAGGUCUCCUCCCCACAGUAGGGGAGUCCAAAACUAGAGGGCAUAGGUUUAAGGUCAGCAUAGGAAGAUUUAAAAGGGACAUAAGGGGCAACGUGUUCAUGCAGAAGGUGGUGCACAUAUGCAAUGAACUGUCAGAGCAAGUGGUGAAGGUUGGUAUAAAUACAGCCUUUAAAAGGCACUUAGAUGGGUAAAUGAAUAGGAAGGAUUUAGAGGAAUAUGGGCUAAAUGCUGGAAAAUGGGACAAGAUUAAGUUAGAAUAUCUGGUCAGCGUGGACAAGUUGAACUGAAGGUUCUGUUUCCCUGCUCUAUAUCUCUUUAACUCUUGAUUACUGACUCAAUCAUUGGCAAACUGGCACAACGUAAGUAAAGCCAAAGUAAAUGUGUGGCUGAAAGAUUGGUGUGGAUUGAAUGGAUUUAAAUUUGAGAGGCACUGGCAAUGGUACUGAGCUCAAAAGAAGUUGGUCUGGGGAGUUACAGGCUACCACUUGAAUUGUGCUGGGAUCAGUGUCUAGCAAAUUGAGUGACUAAGGCUACAGACGGGGCUUUGAAGAAAUUAGUGUGUGGAGCGUUUGGGAGAUGAGGAAAUGUAGGCCAAAGAAGAGAAACAUAUCAGCUGUGAUCGAAUCGACUUGAUGAGCUGAAUGGUUUAAUUCUGCUCCCAUAUCUUAUGGUCUUAUAGAAUAUGGCAUAAUUAUAGAGCAGCUAUUUGGAUAACGAUACCCAGAGUGGGUCAGGAAGGACAGAGUAUACAAAUGUUGAAAAACAGCAGUAAAUGGGAUUAAAGAAGGAAAAAUGGUUUUAAAAAAAGGGCAAAAUUAAUGGCUCUAUUUGAAUGUGAAUGGUACUUGGAAGAAAACAAAUGGCUGAAAUAUAGGUUAAUGUUUAGGAUCUUACAGCUGCUACGAAAGCUAGUUUGCAAGGAGAUCAAAGCUGGGAAUUAAGUAUUCAGGAGUUUGUGACUUUUUGAAAAGAAAGCUGGAACGAAAGAGUAUUGAGGUAGCAUUGUUGGUUCGGGAUGGAAUAAGUAUGAUCGGAAUUAGAAACCAAAAGAACUGCGGAUGCUGUAAAUCAGGAACAAAAACAAAGUUGCUGGAAGAGCUCAGCAGGUCUGGCAGCAUCUGUGAAGGAGAAAACAGAGUUAACGUUUCCGGUCUGGGACCCUUCCUCAGAACUGGAUCAGAAUUAAAUGGUGAAAGUCAGGUACGACAAGGGGAAGAAGACACUGGUAGGAGUCGUCUAUAGGCCCCUUAACAGAAGCUAUAUGGUAGAACAGAGAUUAAAUCGGGAGAUGAUGAGGGCAUAUAAAAAGUAUUGUACGUUACUUGAGUGACUUUAAUUAUUACGUGGAGUGGCAAAGUCAUCUCUAAUAAGAGUCAAUCUAACCACCACCUGUCGACAUUCAAUGCUGUUACCAUCUGCAAGUCAGGAGUGUGAGUGACCUAUCCCAGGCCCCAAGAUGACUUUCCACAUCAAGCAGAAGUUCACCUGCACAACUGCCAAUGUGGUAUACUUUAUCUGCUGUGGCUUCCUCGACACUGGGGAAACCAAGCGGAAGCUUGGGGACUGCUUUGCAGAACACCUAAGCUCGGUUCGCAAUAAACAACUGCACCUCCCAGUCGCAAACCAUUUCCACUCCCCCUCCCAUUCCUCAGAUAACAUGUCCAUCAUGGGGCUCCUGCAGUGCCACAAUGAUGCCACCCAAAGGUGGCAGGAACAGCAACUCAUAUUCCACUUGGGAACCCUGCAGCCCAAUGGUAUCAAUGUGGAACUCACAAGCUUCAAAAUCUCCCCUUCCCCCACCGCAUCCCAAAACCAGCCCAGCUCAUCCCCGCCUCCCUAACCUGUUCUUCCUGUCACCUAUCCCCUCCUCCCACCUCAAGCCACACCUCCAUUUCCUUCCUACUAACCUCAUCCUGCCCCCUUGACCUGUCUGUCCUCACCAGACUGACGUAUCCCCUCCCUACCUCCCCACCUACACUCACCUCUACAGGCUCCAUCCCCACCCCUUUAACUUGUCUGUCUCCUCUUCACCUAUCUUCUCCUCUAUCUAUCUUCGACCUGCCUCCCCCUUUCUCCCUAUUUAUUUCAGAACCCUCUCCCCAUCCCGUUUUUCUGAUGAUGCCUAAGACGCUGCUUGGCCUGCUGUGUUCAUCAGCACCACACUUUGUUAUCUCGGAUUCUCCAGCGUCUGCAGUUCCCAUUAUUUCUGUGAGUGAAUAGUCCCCACUUGUCCAGAUGGGUGCAGCUCCAACAUCUUUAAAGAAGCUGGAUACCAUCUAGGACAAAGCAGCCUGCUUGAUUGGCACCAAAUCUGCUCCCUCCACCACCGACACACCGUAGCAGGAACACCACCACAAGUUCCCCUCCAAGUCACUCAAUAUCCUGACUUGGUAAUAUAAUAUAUUGCCAUUCCUUCAAUGUUGCUGAAUCAAAAUCCUGGAAUUCCAUCCCUAAGAGCAUUGUGGGUCAAAGUACAGUGGACUAUGGACUGCAGUGGUUCAAAAGGGCAGCUCACUAUCACCUUCUCAAGGGCAAAUAGGGAUGGGCAAAAAGUUCUGGCCUGCCAGCAAUGCUGGGGUCUGGAGUCAAGACCUCAGUUUUGAUACAAAGUCAUUACUUAAUUUAUAUUAGUCACUUUGAAUGCUGUACACCGGAAAUAGAAAUGAUUCCCAAGAAUGGUUCCAAGGAUGAGUGAUUUCAGGUGCAUGGAUAAAAAUGCAUUCUUCUGACAUUGCCGAAGAUGAGAGGAGAUCUGACAAAGAGAGGACAAUGGGCAAAGUCAAUGGGGAGAUGCUAUUACAAUGCAUUAAGUGUCAAGAACCAUAGGGGAAUGGUUCUGGUAUUUGUAAAAACAGCCAGAGGUAGCAGGCAGAAAAGACUUUUUUAACACAGAGAGUAGUUAUCAUCUCGAAUGCACUGCCUCAGAAUAUGAUGGAGGCAGAUAUAUUUAUGUCUUUUGAAAGGACAUGUGCAACUGGGAGAGGAAAAAAACCUACAGAGCUAUGAGGAAAGGCCAGGAGUGAGAUUUGCCCUUGCGGAGUGUUGCAUGGGUACAGUGAACUAAACAACCUCGUGCUGUAGCUGUUCAUUGAUUUAAGAUCAAACACUUGCUUGUUAUAAACACUGCAGUUUGUUUUUAUGAAGGGUUCAAUAAAGUGUAAAUCUGUCA